AUGGCAAAGAAGACAUGUGCGACCACAGACUUUGCCUGUAAGAACGGACAGUGCGUCCCUGCUAGGUGGCGCUGUGACGGAGAACCAGAGUGUGCAGACGGUUCAGACGAGGCUGAUGCAAUCUGCAGCCGACAGACCUGUCCACCGGAGAAGUUUGAUUGCGGAGGUGCUGCCAGCAAAUGUGUUUCGUUGUCAUGGCGAUGCGACGGGGAGAGGGACUGUGAGAACGGAGCAGAUGAGGAGCAGUGCGCUGCAGAUGCCAAGGCUUGCCCCUCCAAAGACUUCCAGUGCCGUAAUGGGAAGUGCGUGGCACCGAUCUUUGUGUGUGAUGGCGACGAUGACUGUGGGGACGCCAGCGAUGAGGAGAAAUGCAAGGCUCCCACCUGCGGCCAGCACGAGUUCCGCUGCAAUGACUCCGAGUGCAUCCCCGCCCUGUGGAGCUGCGACGGAGACCCCGACUGCAAGGACAAGUCGGACGAGUCCAUGGAGCGCUGCAGCCGGAGGACGGAGCCCCAGAAACCUCGCUGCCCGGUGGGAGAGUUCCAGUGUGGGAGCGGGGAGUGUGUCCACAUGAACUGGAAGUGUGACGGAGAUGCAGACUGCAAGGAUAAAUCUGAUGAAGCAAACUGUGCCCUGCUCACAUGUCGUCCUGAUGAGUUCCAGUGUGGCGAUGGAUCCUGCAUCCACGGCACCAAACAGUGCAAUAAAGUUCACGACUGUCCGGACUACAGUGAUGAAGCCGGCUGUGUCAACAUUACAAAGUGUGACGGGCAGAAAAAGUUCCGCUGUAAGAACGGGGAGUGUAUUGACAGCAGCAAGGUGUGUGACAAUGUGAAAGACUGCAAGGACUGGUCUGAUGAACCGAUGAAGGAGUGUGACGGCGGCUGCUCUCACAUCUGCAGGGACCGAAAAAUUGGUUACGAGUGCGACUGCCCCUCUGGGUACAAACUCAUGGACAAAAAGACAUGUGGAGAUAUAGAUGAAUGUGAGAACCCGGAUGCCUGCAGUCAGAUUUGCAUCAACUACAAAGGAGAUUAUAAGUGUGAAUGCUACGAAGGCUACGAAAUGGACCCUGCCUCUAAGACCUGCAAGGCCGUUGGAAAAAGUCCGUACCUGAUGUUCACCAACCGCCAUGAGAUCCGUCGAAUUGACCUGCUGAAGAGCGAAUAUACACAGGUUGUCCCCACGCUGAAGAACGCAGUGGCCCUGGAUGUAGACGUGUCCAUUAACAAGAUGUUCUGGUGUGAUCUAUACCAUCGUAAAAUAUACAGUGCUUACAUCAACAAGGCCAGUGACCCAUCACAGCAAGUGACUCUCAUCGACUCGCUCAACUCCCCCGAGGGCCUGGCCGUUGACUGGGUCCACAAGAACAUCUACUGGACCGACUCCGGCAACAAGAGCAUCUCCGUCGCCACUGGAGACGGCAGGAAGAGAAAAGUGCUGAUAGCCACGGAGCUGAGCGAGCCGCGGGCCAUCGCAGUGGAUCCACACCAAGGAUUUAUGUACUGGUCAGAUUGGGGAGAUCAGGCCAAAAUCGAGAAGGCCGGGAUGAAUGGAGUGGACCGACAAGUCCUGGUGUCUGAACACAUCGAGUGGCCAAAUGGAAUCACCCUGGACUUAUCGAACAGGCGUCUCUACUGGUUAGACUCCAAGCUGCACCUGCUGUCCAGUGUGGACCUGAAUGGAGACAAUCGCAAAGUGUUGCUGUCCUCCAAUCAGCAGCUGGGACACCCCUUUGCCCUCACUGUGUUCGAGGAUCGUAUAUAUUGGACAGAUUUGGAGGAUGAAGCGAUAUACAGUGCCAACCGACUGACCGGACAUGAUGUGGUGAAGGUAGCAGAGCACCUGAACAACCCCCUGGACCUGGUGGUGUUUCAUGAACAGAGGCAACCCAAAGCCCCAGAUACCUGCAACAUGGGCAGUCUACCUAACGGUGGCUGUGAGUACCUCUGCCUGAAGGCCCCCCAGAUCACAGACCACUCUCCCAAGUACACCUGUGCCUGUCCUGAUGGCAUGGAGCUGGGACCAGACAUGAGGCGCUGUGCUAUAGUUCGACCCAGAACAACCACAACAGCUGCUCCAACCACUACCACCACCACCAUCACAAGCACAACUCCCAUAACAACCACUACAGCAAGCUCUACGACAACUAGCACAACUGCUGCCACGACCAAAACCUCCCCAACCACCACCACAAAAUCCACCACCACCACCACCUCUGCUGCUACGACUCUCAGGCCCUCAAUCAGACGCCUGACGACAUCUCAGACCCCCCGCAGAACCUCCACGGAGCAGCCCCGGACCCCCGCUGCCACCAGCACAGAGACGACAAGAUUUAGCAGCUCAAGUCAGUCAUCCACAUCCACACACACACCUCUACUGGGCCCCGUGGCCCCCAACAGCAUUCAGAGAGAGAGCAACGGCAACCUCUCCCACAGAGCUGCGAGUGAUCACUACCUCAUAGGUAACAACAUCACAGUAGCUGUUCUGGGGAUAGUUAUUCCUAUCGUCCCUAUCCUUGCCACAGUGGUCAUCAGCUUGCUCUGCUCCGGAGGGUACCUGGUCUGGCGCAACUGGCGGCGCAAGAACACGAAGAGCAUGAACUUCGACAACCCUGUCUAUCGCAAAACCACGGAGGACGAUGACGACGAGAUCCACAUCGGGCGCCACAGCGAGUCCGUCGGCCACGUGUAUCCAGCACGCGUGGCACUCAGUCUGGAGGAUGAUGGCUAUCCCUGAGGGGGGGGCUGCAGCCUGCCCCCCCUUCCCAAUGCCUUCCUGGCCCCUCCUCUCACCACAGCUACACCGCCACAAUGAGGCCAGUACACCGCAGAGGAGAAAGAGAAGGAGUUUGCCGGCCCUUUUGUAGGAGCAAGGGAUGACAUGUACAUCUUUUAAAUACCCCUUCCUCUCCUGUUUCCUCCACUGGAGUAACAAUACUACCACUACUAGCCACUACUACUUCCCUUAGUGCUAGUCUGUUUGUAGCAUCUGCUCCUCUCCUCUCUCUUCUCUGCCUCUUGUUCGCUGUAGUGGUGUUCAAAAUGCUGCUUGAUGAUUUUAUUUCAAACUAACCUCAUUUGGCUAUCUCAGUGCACAUUGUAAAUAGAAGGCCAUCGCACAGGGAGAGAAAAGCCGACAUGCAUUAUUUUUUAAACUUCAUUUUACACAGUUUUAAUUUAUUUGUAUGAGUUUGCUCUUGUAAAUAUGUAAUCCGCAUCGCUAAGUGCUAGAGUACUACUGGAAUAGCUUCACGGUUAUACGGUUAUAGGAAAGGGCGUUUUUUCUUCAUAGUUCCCUUUACUUCUCGAGUUGACAUGACAGAUUUUUGUUUCAAACAGGCGAAUGUCGUCCUUUUACACCCAGCCUUUGAGCUUCCCCCCUUGACAUAUUGUAUGUGAGCAGGAGAAGCUAAAUAUAGCCAAGGGGAAAGGAGAAGGAAGAAAAUGAUGGGGUUGUCUGCAUGUUUGGAGGUGGCUUCGGGGUGAAAGAGUUUUUAUUUUUUUUAUUUGGGAAGGCAAUUGAAGGAUUUGUGCCAUCAGAGGGUAGUUCCUCAAGGCAAAAAGCUACAGGGCAGAGAAGGCAAAGGAUUAUGGGUAAUCCUCUCUUCUUGAAUCAGAGGUAUGCGUGCAGUCGAUAAAGAACUCAGGAUUGUUUGUUGAUUAUCGGCUGGUGUUAGGUCUCACACGUGUUCCUGACUUUUUGUUUGUGGAAACAUUGUCACAACACCUUUGUGUGACUGUGAAAUAUUAACAUUAAUGCUUUGAGUUAGAGAGUUCUAUGAGUGCCACAUGCUGUAUUGGAAUCCUGUAGAAAUGAAGUAAAAGUUAUGAAAUGAGAGGAAGAGCAAGCAGCUAACUGAUUAAUUGACAGAAAUAUUAUUGCCAUUAGACAACUGCAAAAUAUGUUUUUGUCUAUUUUUGAUUUGUUUUCUGGCCCCAAUAGUCUUAAAAACUUCAUCAUUCUUAUAACUUUUGGUGUAUGGCUCCCAAAAAAAAUCACUUUUACUAAACACUUUGGUUUAUCUCUCUGGAUUAACAACAUUUUCUGGAUGACAUGCCAUGGAUAAAGAGCCCACACUUGAAAUAAAUCACUUUCCGCUGUCCCUGACUGUUCAGUGUGGUUGUGAGUUUCCCUGAUUUGUAUGAGCAGAUGAGUAUUACUCCAAGGCUGACUGAGCCAAGCACUGAUUUGAUUUGAAAGCUAGAUAGAGAAGAAGCGUGUAAACCAGCAUUAAGAGCUGAUCUUCCAUUGGCUAGCCACAGACAUGCUUCUAGCCCAUUGAACCAGAUGGAGUUCAUGCCCAGUGACUAUUGCAAUAAUUGCUCAUAAUGUGUUGUCACUGUGAAUAUCUAGAGGCCGUUGUGACAAGUUAAUAUGAUCGCUGUUACAAGUACUUAUGGCAAAUGAACAACAUUCCUAUUUUGGAUAUCAUUUAGUCUUAAUAAAAGGCAUCUAGUAUGUGUUAAGAACACUUUUAUAUAGGGUACAGAAGUUUAAGAAUAACUUCAGUAAUUUCAACAAUGUUGCAAUUUAGCUUUGUUUCUCACAUCCUGUCUUUUAUAAUAACAAGCAAAAACAAUUAUAGAAUGCAAACAUCAAAGUCUUCCAAUUUAGGUUGUGUAUAGACAUAGCAUAUGUCUUCAUCUUACAAUAGACAGCAUGUGCAUACAAACAAAAGGAUGAUUAAUGGUAGUUAUUAUUAUUCGGGAUUCUCACUGAUUUCUGGAAGUGUUUUCUCAGUGUGGGUAACCACAGGGGAGGAAGAGAGAAACAGACAGAGAAGGUGGGCAGGAAGUGACUAAACCAUGUGCGAACAGGUUUGUGUUUGGAAGAUGAAUAGUGGGCUAUUUAUUUUGUCGGAUUUCUGCUGAUGUUGUGUUACGUCAUCCCAGCUCACAUCCCUCAGAAGGAUGGCACUCUCUCCUCUCAGUUUAUGAUGCACAGUGGGGGAUUUGUACGGCCUAUGUGUGAAAAGUGGCACGCUAGACAGGUAAAUUAUAGUAAUCGCCAGCACUGCACUCCUCUACGUCUAUAACGAAGGAUGAUUGAGCACAAGCAAGGGGCCAUCUCCCUUCGUCUUAACAAAAUAAAAUGCAUUACACAGUGGGGAAGACUGUGACUCAGCCUAACAUGAAACCUGACUGGUUUAGUAGUGGAACUGUUUAGAUGGACACAACUGUAUCUUUGUUUAAACUGAAGUCAUUUUAUAAUGUUUUUUUGGGUAAUUAUCGCAAUGGAAAUUGUUGUUUAUCCUUACAAUUUCACAUUUAAAGUCCUAAAGGACAGAUGAUGUAAGAUGUCAAGAAAGAUGAAACAGAUCAGAUGUCUGUGAAUAUAAGACAUCACAAACCCCCUGCCAGAUUGAACCCUGUGCUCAGCCAGCUCUGCACUCCUCAUCGUUUCCUUCAUGUCCGUGUUUGCUGCAGGUCUCAUAGAGUUCCAUACGGAGGGUUUGCAGUUUGGAGAAUAAAUAGCUUACUUAUUGAGGUGACUGAGCGUGGCAUUGUAGGAAAGUUAUUAUUGCUACAGUGUGAAGACAGAUUGGCUGGUCCACAGCGCGGACACCUUGAGAGCAGCCGUCUCCUGAAGGACGCUGAUAAAGUCCAUAAGGGACCUUUGUCAUCCAACAUGUAGGAGAUUUUUAUUAAAACGGUAGUAGAGGACAUGGUUUGAAAGUAUGCUAUCUUGAAAUUCUUGAUUCAAAUUGUAAGGAAAAAUGUUGUAGGAUUACACUCAGUCAGUUUCAUAAACAAGGCAGCAGUUAGCAGGAUCUCACAGAGCUCAUGCUCAUGCUGAAGGUGUUGAAGAAUAAAUAGUGCAGUUUUUGUUUAUUUAUAUUUUUAAUUGUAGUACCGGUAUAAUGCUGUGUAGCUACGAGUCAGUUUUUGGGUAAUCUUUUUACUUGGAAUUAUCAUGGUUAACCCAGUGCUGCAGCGCUGCAUGUAUAACAUAGCACUAAGUUAUUGAGCCAGGUUAGUAACUUUUAAAUGUAGUCUUAAACAUGUAAGGUACACACAUUUAAAAGUGUCUUAAUAUAAAGAUCAAAAGCCGGCUGCUCCAACAGUUUGUAGGUUCAAACUAACACGCAAAUGGGAUCUGAACCAGCUGACAGAGAAAAGUGUUUGCUUAUUAUUUAACAAUUGGUAUAAUUGACCCUAGAUAAAAAAAACUGUUUAUUAGGCAUUUAAUGGGAAAUUUGUAUUACCUUGAAUAAAAAUCAUUCUGCUAACGAUAUAAUGAGACAAAAUGACCAACAACUUUCAAGUUUGUGUAUUCAGAUAUUUCCUCUCAUAGACAAUAAACAUAAAUCUCUUUAUGAUCAACAGUUAAAUGUAACAUUUAUCUUGACCCCAUAAAACCGUUUAGUUUUCUUGCGAUGCUUUCUGUUUACACUGUUCGUUGGUUUUGUUUGGUCAAUACUGAAGAUGAUUCUUAAAUAAUUCCACACAUUAGUUACGUUUCGAAUAGCUAACAUAUUCCUCAAGUUUUAAUGAUGAAAAUCAAUGUAGUUGUAAAUAUUUUACACACAAACUUAGUGAUGAAUGUACAAACAGCUGGUGCGACAUCCUGUUCUCAAUAUUAAGACACUUUUCAGAGGGUAAAACACACAAAAAAUGUGCCCGUUAGGCCUAUCCAUCUAUUGGUUUUUACUCAUGCUGUCAUACAAUAUGUUGACAUUUCUAACACCCUAAUGCAUAAUAAGCAGGUUCCUAUCACAAAUAAACGAUGUCAAGGUUGCAUCUGGUUUAUUUUAUUGAAAUUACGAUACAAUAACAUAGCACAACAGUAUAGCACUCUCUAACAGCUGUGAUAACCCAUAAUUCAAUAUAAGUGUCUGCAUUAAUUACAGUGUUUCUGAUUUGUGCUCCCUGUUUUGAACUGUCCUGUUGCAUGUCCCUCUCUUCCGCUCUUCUAAUUGGUCGCUUCCAGUCCUUUCCUAGCAGAGAAUCUGACCUGUGCUGCAUUGAACCAGGAUGCUUUCAUUGCUUUCUAACAUAACUCACAUCUCUCAACCACUUCACUUCUUAAUGCACUUUCAAAAGUAAUCUGUGGUUGGUAACUUACUACUGAAUUGUAGUUUAGAGAUCAGCACUGCUGUCUCUGUGCUCGCUCAUUCUCUUGCCCUCCCAUCUUCAUUUAAGUCAUCGUCAUCUUUCCUUUGGCAAGGGCUAUCAGUCUUUGGGUAGACAGGCACACACACUCACUGGACUAAUGGGAUAAAACUCCGGAGUAAUAAAAUGGAACCCCUGAAAUAAUGAGGAAACCCCGAGAGCCGGUAAAGAAACUCAAGCCACGAGAAGCAGCCCACCAUUCACCGACCAGCUACAGUUUGGACUGUGGAAGGAGCCCUCAUUGACUCUACUUGGCUGGCAUGUAUCUCUUGUUGACCCAGUGACUUUCCUUCAACUGGUUCCUCUUAUCAUGUGUUUUUGGGGAUAUUUGUGCGUUGUAGUUGUUGCUCUCUCUCUCCUUUCUUUCCUUGCCAAACCAUUCUCAGUUUCAUAUUUGGUCUUCUGAAUAAUGGAUUACUUGAAGGGCAAUGUUCAGUCGCCUACUUUUUGUACCGGUCAGUUUAAAAUGAAGAAGGCAGCAAUGGGGGAAGUUGUGAAGUCUGUGUGUGUAAAUCUUUUUAUGGGUUGGGAUGAUAUACUGUACACCGGCAACACCUUUUAUAAAUAACAGUAUUGUUACAGAUUUGGAAAUUUUCCUUCAACAGUGAUUGAGUUGGGAGAAAUCACAGCCAAUAAGAAACUAUUGGCUCCAAUAUUUUUGGAAAAACUGUCUCCCUGGAUUUUCUCAAAAUGUCGCUGAUGUGUCAUUGCCUGCAAGGAAAUCUCAAAUACCAUUGGGGUUCCGUCCAUUCCACAGCCAUACGACAGGCAUUUUUUUACGCUGUUUGUUGCACAAAACUUUUCAAGAAGCCUUCUGCACUGUGUAAAGAGAUAACGUUCUUAGGAGGGGAGGAAAUAAAAGGGAGGGGGGGUUCAAUGGUACAGUCCAAUGGUUUUGAAUCAUGACUUGUAAAUACGUUUUCAUACAGCAAAAACUUUUUGAUAAUGUUUUAAAUGUAUCUGUAAAAAAAGAUGUACAUAAACCUCUGGGGUUAAAGGAGUGUAGACUAUAUAUGAAUUUAUUUGUACACAAGAGCACUGGAUUUAUUUACUACUUGAUUGUAACUAAAAAUUAAUAAUCUGCCAAAGUGUUUUUACUUUACUUCCUCUCCUAUCUGUUCCGUUUGUUGCUUUUUAACAGCAUUGCAGAUCUUUAGUGUUCAUACUGUAUUUAAUUCUGUUAAAUAGAUUUUGUUGUUGUGUGUUUUAAAAAAAGAGGUUAUCUUUUUAAUUUAUUGGUGCCUUGUUUUGUGCUCCUGUAUACUUUUACUCUUUCUGUUUUUCUGUGUUUUGUGUCUGCGGGCGGGGGGGGUUAACUGGCGGGUUGGUGAGGGACGGGGUAGGGGGAGUUAAAAACUUAGCAACUUCUGUACUUACAUGGAAUAUCUGUACUGUAUGCCAAAAUGGUCUCACUCACGUUUCUAUGAAAUCAAGCUGUUGAUAAAUAUCUCUAUAUAUUGAUAUAUUAAAUUUAUAAAAACUG